CGCCUUUCUUCAGCCCCGUUCAUAAUGCCAGAGUCAAGAGCCAAUAAUCUCGUUCUCCAAUACAAACUUCUUCCAGCAGAAGAUGUUCCAAAGGCCUACAAAAUAGAAAUCACAGAAUAUCCCGAAGAUGAAGCCGCGUCGCUUGAAAACCUGGUUUAUCGGCAAGAAGCUGCACCUCAACUUUUUCUUGGAUGUUACACAACAGCGACGGGAAUGAAAGCAGGUACAGGAACAGGAACAGGAACAGGUGCUGAGCAGGUGCUGCAAGGCGAUAUCCUUGUUGGAUACAUUGUUUCAACUCUGUCAUCCGAUCUGCAUCUCACUCAUGCAUCCAUGUCCACCCAUGAUCCCAAGGGGACCUCUGUCUGCAUUCACUCUGUUUGUGUCGCAAGGGCCUACCAACGUCGGGGAAUUGCAAGCGCGAUGAUGAAAGAGUACUUGGACCAUUUGCGGCGUCUCAAUAACAAUAACAACAACAAUAGCAGCAUCGAUAACAAUAACAAUAGCAACAGCGUCAACAAUAGCAAUCCCCCAACAUCCGCAUUGCCUACUGUCCGUCUAGAGCGUGUAUUGCUCAUUGCUCAUAAAGAGUUGAUCAGCCUGUAUACAGGAGUAGGCUUUGAGCUUGUUGGCAAGAGUGAAGUCGAACAUGGCCCAGAUCCAUGGUUUGAAAUGACUUGCACCUUGUGAAAGAUAGAGAAAGAAACACACCCACUGAUUAUUCCCGCUCAUCUCUCUUCCCC